AUAUUAAGACAAACCUAAUGAAUCUACGUGUAACGAUGUGAUUGGGCAGGACAGAACAUCGCCCGUGUAUUGCGAAGAUGGACGCGAAGAAAGCCCUAACGCCAGAAUUCGCUAUAAGGUGCACUGCGCGUUUUAGAAUUCAGUAGGAAAUCCACAAUCGCCUUCUCAGAAAAUAAAAGCCCUAGGCAAAAAAACCCCACAAAUUCCUCUUUUACUUCCUUUAAAAAUCGUCUCUCUUUUGGGUCUCUCAAAUCUCCUGUAGCAAAUAAUAUUUAUAUUUAUCUCUCCAUACUCCAAUUCUCUCCCUGCCUCUCUCCCUCUAAAUUUUGGCUUUGGAUCGCUUUCUUCUAUCUCCUUCUAGCACAGAUCUUUUGAUUCUCUUCCACUUCAGGUCUACUCACUAAUUUUCUCCAAAGAAGAUUGUGCUUUUGCUACAUAUUCAAUGGCUACUUCUGUGGAUAUGUCUCUUGAUGACAUUAUAAAGAAGAACCGAGAGAGAGGUAGAGGACGUGGUAGGCCUCGUCGCGGCCGUGGCCCAGGUGGGCCUUUCAAUGGUGGAAGAAUGGCUGGAGCAGUUCGUAAAGGUCCUCUUUCAGUGAAUGCUCGGCCAUCACGAUAUGCAAUUGCCAAGCCUCCUCGCAGAAUCAGGAGUUUGCCUUGGCAGCAUGAUUUGCUUGAAGAUAGCAUAAGAGCUGCAGGGAUAACUGGAGUAGAAGUUGGUACCAAGUUAUAUGUUUCAAACUUGGAUUAUGGAGUAUCCAAUGAAGAUAUAAGGGAGCUCUUCUCUGAGAUUGGGGAUCUGAAACGAUAUGCUGUUCAUUAUGACAAGAAUGGUCGCCCUAGUGGUUCAGCUGAAGUAUUGUAUACAAGGAGAAGUGAUGCCUUUUCAGCUCUUAAGAAGUAUAACAAUGUACUUUUAGAUGGAAAGCCCAUGAAGAUUGAAAUCGUGGGUGCCAGUGCAGAAAUACCUAUCUCAGCUAGAGUCAAUGUGACUGGAGUAGAUGGAAGGAGGAAGAGGACAGUUGUUAUGACGCCUGGACCAGGUCGAGUGAGAGGCGCUGCUCCUCCAAGUAACCGUGGUUCUGGUCAGAACCGUCGUGGGGGUUUGAGAAAUGGUCGAGGUCGUGCUCGUGGGCGGGGCCGUGGCCGUGGCCGUGGGAAGAAGCAACCUUUUGAUAAGUCAGCAGAUGACCUCGACAAGGAAUUGGAGAGCUAUCAUGCUGAAGCCAUGCAAACUUAGUGGACUCUGAAGCUGUGCGAAGCAAAAAUACUUUAGUAUCAGUCAUAUUUGUAGUAUUUUCUGACGGUGAUAGCUUGUCUCUGGUUUGCUUAGUGCUUUUAACUUUACAACUUCAAUCUGCAUGCUUUAUUGUAAAUGAAGAUGAUUGGUGGUUUUCA